CACAUGGUGGUUAGCUUGUUGAAAUUUCGCACCGUUUCGUCCUUUUACCUUAUCAAAAUCACAGCUAUUGACAGCGUAACACCACAUAAAACAAAUGCUAUGAUCUUUUAAGCGGUUAUUUUACACCAUGGCCAAGCUGUGGUGUGAGGGUCACGCCACGGCCAUUUUGUGUGUGUGCGCAUCCCCAGGCCCAGAGGGACUUGUCGCCUCAGGUUCAGAAGGCGGCGAGGUUGCCAUUUGGAGCCAAGAAGGAUGCGUCGUCGGUCGCCUUAACCUCCUGGGCGAGGAGGACUGCACCAGUGUGGCGUUUUCUCCCGCAGCGCCGGGCAUCCUCUACGCGUCGCACGGCGACACGGUGAGCGUGCUCGACCCCCGGAACCUGAAGGGCGCCGUGAAGGAAUUUCCCAAUGUCGGGGAGGAGGAGAUCAAUGCGUUGGCGCUGAACGAAAGCGGUUCGACGUUGGCGCUGGCCGAUGACUCCGGGACGGUCCGGAUACUGGAGCUUCCCGAGGGGAAAGUGUGCAGGACACUUCGCAGACAUACCAACAUCUGCUCCUCGGUGGCUUUUAGGCCGCACAGACCCAACAACCUGCUGUCUGCUGGACUGGACAUGCAGGUGAUGCUGUGGGGUCUGCAGAAGGCACGGCCCCUUUGGACCCUCAACCUCCAGGACAUAGCAGAGGAGGAAGACGACCACCAGCAGCGUCCCGGUCAGCUUUUUAACCCUCCGUUGGCCCACUGCGUCUCCGUGGCCAGCUGCGGAAACAUCGUAGCUUGCGCCGCAGACGACGGCCGGGUGCACCUAAUGCGGGUUGGCGGCGGCUCCAAACUGGAGCAACAGGGGGCGCUCAAGGCGCACUGCCACGGCGCCUCCCAAGCGCAUUUCGUCCCAUUCCUCUCGCACCCAUACUGGCUGGCCUCGGGGGGCAACGACGGCCGCGUGGCUCUGUGGGACGUCAGCAAACACCCCGUGGUGACUCUGGAGGGGAAGGCCAAAAUCAAGGGCGCGGCCGCCCCGUACAGGAAGGGCAAAAGCAAGGCAAAGAGAAAAGGAGAGGAGGCGCGAGAGGAACAUGAGGGUGACGUGGGGGUGACGGAGAAGUCUGGACCCAAAGUGAACAUCAACCAUGGGGACAAAGUUAACUGGUUGUGUCCUGCUUUGCUCAAAGGAACGGCAAGUCUCCUUGUGGCCGAUCAGAGUUCAAGUCUUACUGUCUAUCCUCUGGCUGAGCCGUAGAUUACGCUACUCCAGUCAUCCAUCCACACGUACUGUAUUUUACAUUGGAAAUAGCUCACGGCACACCACCAAACAAAAAUUAUACAGUAAACCCUCGCUAUUCCCAAUAGCGAAAAACUGCAAGUAAGGCCCAUGAUGCGGCCGAAAGCAUCCGAACUGGACAAUUGUGGUUUGGCAAAAGGAAGAUUCCAUCCCUGUGAAACCGAAUGAAAUUCCAUUUGGGUUCGGCCUGUUUACUCCGAUUGCGGCGUUUAUAUGGAGCUUUUUCAUUCGGUUUGGGCUUCUAAACUGAUUAUAAUCAGAAUAGAAGGCUCGAUGUAAACCUGGAUAAUUAUGUCAUUCCAUUCACUGGCUAUACAAGCUUUUCGACGACAUUAGAUGCCACGCUUUGCUUUCUAGCCAUUACCCACAGGUACAUAUGAAAUUAUAAAUACAGUGGUAUGUUGAGAUGUUUAUUUUUUUCUGUUGCCAUGCUCAUAACUGAAAACAUUUUUUACUUCAAUGGAUGUGCUGAUUCUUUUGAUGUGCGUGCCUUGGCCACCUGGGGGAAAUAUGAUACAGAAGGAUAUACAUGAAGGAGCUGGCCACAAUUACUCAGUAAGUCGCAUUAAUAGUAGUCGUUCUUUGCAGACGAUAAACGGUGUAUGCCUGAGUUUUUAUAUUGUCUACAUAUUUCGCUCCACCGUUUCUUUUCGAAUGUCUGUUGCUUACAGGGUUGUAACACCGCUACUUAGAUGGUAUUUGCUAUCCCGUCUAUGGCCUUUCUCAUUGUGUUAGCAUUAAAGCUAGCGGAUUUAAAAGACAAAAGCCAUGGUGUUGUUUUAAAUACACUGUCAUUCUUUGUUGUAUGUUUAGUUUGACAGUAAACUUCAACUGGG